AUGAGCAGCCGUAAUCCUUACACUUUAAUGAGUGUCCCGGAUGAACAAUUCGAUUAUUUAUUUAAAAUUGUUCUCAUCGGGGAUUGCGGAACAGGAAAAACAUGCAUUGUGCAACGCUUGAAAUCCGGAAAUUUCAUCGAAAGACACGGCAAUACAAUAGGCGUAGACUUUUCAAUGAAAACUUUGAUUGUAGACGGGAAGAGGGUCAAGCUCCAGAUUUGGGAUACAGCGGGGCAGGAACGCUUUAGAACGAUCACUCAAAGCUACUAUCGCUCUGCCAAUGGUGUUAUUAUAGUGUAUGAUAUAACAAAACGAUCAACCUUUCUGUCCAUACAAAAAUGGAUUGAAGAAGUUCGGAGGUAUACAUCAUCUAAUGUAAUUGUAUCAUUGAUUGGUAAUAAAUGUGAUCUAACAGAACAAAGAGAAGUCGAACCCGAUGAGCCCAAGUCAUUCUGCCGUUAUGUUCCUGAAAUAAUGUUUGUUAUGGAAACAUCGGCUAAAGAUAACACAAAUGUUGAGGAUACAUUCAGAAAUAUAGCAACAGAGCUUAAGAGACAACACGAUAAUAGUGAAGGACCUCCCGCAGAGUCAGAAUCAGUAGUGCUCGGUGAAAGUCAUCCUAUAAGUAGAUGUCAGCCUUGUAAAUCUUCUUAA